AUGAAUGAAAGCCUUAACAGGUGUUUCACUAGGGAGGAGGUUACCAUCACUCUCAAACAGAUCCACCCCACAAAAGCACCUGGCCCCGAUGAUAAUCCUCUUCACACUCAUGGCAUCAACAAAUCCUUUCUUGAUUCCACAAUAUUCAUUCUCUCCCAUGCAACUCUUCAAGACUUGGAGCUUUUCUUUGCCAUCGCUUGGGCUAUUUGGUUUAACAGAAAUAAGAUUGUGCACAAGGAUUCUAGUCUACUUCCUCUUCAAGUGUGGAAAUUGGCAAAAAAUGUUUCUGAAGAUUUUGUUAGUUCGGCAACUUGGGAUCUUGUCCAACCUAGAACCACCCCAUCCAGCUGGGUUCCUCCUCCCUCAGGAUUCCACAAGAUAAAUGUUGAUGAGGCCUCUUCUGAGCUAGACAGUUUCUCUAGUGUUGGAGUUGUCAUUAGAGACUGCAAAGGUGAUGUUGUGGCUGCUCUGUGUAAACCUCUUCAAACUCGCUUCUCUGCUGAACUAACUGAGGUUUUUGCUUUGGAGCAUGGCAUUCUAUUAGCUCAAGAGCUUCAUCUGGCAUGGGGUCAUUGUUGA